UGCCCCUGCGCGGUGGAGGAGUUGUGAGACUCAGUCGAGCGACGCUAGGUGCCCAGAGGCCCAGAGGCCGGAGGUCCGUGCGCUCCGGCCGCGACCCCGGCCUGGGCCCCGCCCCGCGCCCCUCGCCAUGGGCCUGGCCCUUGCCCGCGGGCCCUGACCAUGGAGCAGGGCUGGCCGCCGGGGGACACUUACAGCCGGGAGCGGCCCGCCGUAUGCCGCCGCGCCCUCAGCGUCUGCGACUCACUGGACCUGCAAGGCGCCCCGGCCAGCCGCGCCGCCCCCGCCCUGCAGGCUGCCUUGUACGCGGGGCGCGAGCAGACGGCGAGGCCGCGGAGCGUGUGUUCGGGAGGCCCAGCGCCCCCGCCCACCGGCGCCCGCAGCCUGCUGCUUGGCUUCCUGCGCCCGCGCCUCGGCCGCCGGGGCCCGUCCGACGGCCGCCCACCGGCCCCCGGGCCUGCGCCCUCGGAGCGCCUGGGCUCUGCCGCGCCCAGCCCCGUGCCCAGCCCCGCGCCGGCCCGGCGCAGCCACUCCCGGGGCAGCCAGGCGCCGCGGCCACGGCCCACCAGCAUGACGUUCCUGGAGGUGAACCGCCUGGAGCUGGCCGAGGCCGAGGCUGCGGGCGCCGGGCUGGGCCGCGCCGGCAGCGCCGGCUUCCUGCGGGGCGCCUCGCUGUGGAGCAGUCAGCGCUGGCAGGUGCUGCGCGGCGGCAGCGGGCGCGCCACCCCGAGCCCCCGGCGCGGCCUGUCGGCUCUGAGGAAGAGCUUCAGCUUCCGCCUCCGCCGCGGCCAGGAGAUCAGACGCUCGGAGUCCGGGCUGCUGCCCCGGGUGCGCACCCGCAGCGACGGCGACGCCAGCUCCCUAGGCGCCUUCCCCAGCCGCCGCGACCUGCUGCUGGGCGCCGAGGCCCCGCGCGGUGCCCCCGAGCCCGGCCGACCCCGCUCCGCCGCCGGCCUCUGGAAGCUGCUCACCAGCCGCUUCCGCCGGAGGGACCCCCCGCCGGAGCCCCCACCCGCGGAGCCGCUGUGGAGCCGCCGGGCGGCCAUGGCCCCUGGGCCCCUGGGUGCGCCAAGCGACUCGUUUGUGAACAGCCAGGAGUGGACCCUGAGCCGCUCGGUGCCGGAGCUUAAAGUGGGCAUUGUAGGGAACCUGUCUAGUGGGAAGUCGGCCCUUGUGCACCGCUACCUGACAGGGACCUAUGUGCAGGAGGAGUCCCCUGAAGGGGGUCGGUUUAAGAAGGAGAUUGUGGUGGAUGGCCAGAGUUACCUGCUGCUGAUCCGGGAUGAAGGAGGCCCGCCUGAGCUCCAGUUUGCCGCCUGGGUGGACGCGGUGGUGUUUGUGUUCAGCCUGGAGGAUGAGAUCAGCUUCCAGACCGUGUACAACUACUUCCUGCGCCUCUGCAGCUUCCGAAACGCCAGCGAGGUGCCCAUGGUGCUGGUGGGCACGCAGGACGCCAUCAGUGCCGCCAACCCCCGGGUCAUCGACGACAGCAGGGCCCGCAAGCUGUCCACAGACCUGAAGCGCUGCACCUACUACGAGACGUGCGCGACCUACGGGCUCAACGUGGAGCGCGUCUUCCAGGACGUGGCCCAGAAGGUAGUGGCCUUGCGGAAGAAGCAGCAGCUGGCCAUCGGGCCCUGCAAGUCACUGCCCAACUCCCCCAGCCACUCGGCAGUGUCCGCCGCCUCCAUCCCGGCUGUGCACAUCAACCAGGCCACGAAUGGUGGCGGCAGCGCCUUCGGCGACUACUCGUCCUCAGUCCCCUCCACCCCCAGCGCCAGCCAGCGGGAGCUGCGCAUCGAGACCAUCGCCGCCGCCUCCACCCCCACACCCAUCCGCAAGCAGUCCAAGCGGCGUUCCAACAUCUUCACGUCUCGGAAGGGUGCCGACUUGGACCGGGAGAAGAAGGCCGCCGAGUGCAAGGUGGACAGCAUCGGCAGUGGCCGGGCCAUCCCCAUUAAACAGGGCAUCCUGCUGAAGCGGAGCGGCAAGUCCCUGAACAAGGAGUGGAAGAAGAAGUACGUGACGCUCUGUGACAACGGGCUGCUCACCUACCACCCCAGCCUGCACGACUACAUGCAGAACGUCCACGGCAAGGAGAUCGACCUGCUGCGGACCACGGUGAAGGUGCCGGGGAAGCGCCUGCCCCGAGCCACGCCCGCCACGGCCCCCGGCACCAGCCCCCGGGCCAACGGGCUGGCCUCCGAGCGGAGCAGCGCGCAGCUGGGCGGGGGCACAGGCGCCCCCCACUCGGCCAGCCGCCCCGAGGGGCUGCACCAGCGCUCCUGCUCCGUUUCCAGCGCGGACCAGUGGAAUGAGGCGGCUGCCUGGCCCGCAGCCAGUGGCUCAGCUGAGGUGCUCAGUUCCAGCCCCAAGCUGGAGCCCCCCCCAUCUCCCCACUCCAACCGGAAGAAGCACCGGAGGAAAAAGAGCACCGGGACCCCCCGACCAGACGGCCCCAGCAGUGCUGCCGAAGAGGCGGAGGAGUCCUUUGAGUUUGUGGUGGUGUCCCUCACCGGGCAGACGUGGCACUUCGAGGCCUCGACGGCAGAGGAGCGGGAGCUGUGGGUGCAGAGCGUGCAAGCCCAGAUCCUCGCCAGCCUGCAGGGCUGCCGCAGCGCCAAGGACAAGACUCGGCUGGGGAACCAGAACACGGCUCUGGCCGUGCAGGCCGUCCGCACCGUGCGUGGCAACAGCUUCUGUAUCGACUGUGACGCCCCCAAUCCAGACUGGGCCAGCCUGAACCUGGGUGCCCUGAUGUGCAUCGAGUGCUCGGGGACCCACCGACAUCUGGGGGCCCACCUGUCCCGGGUCCGUUCCCUUGACCUCGACGACUGGCCGCCCGAGCUGCUGGCCGUCAUGACCGCCAUGGGCAACGCCCUGGCCAACAGCGUCUGGGAGGGGGCCCUGGACGGCUAUGCGAAGCCGGGGCCUGAUGCCUGCAGGGAGGAGAAGGAGCGCUGGAUACGGGCCAAGUACGAACAGAAGCUAUUCCUGGCCCCGCUGCCGAGCUCGGAUGUGCCGCUGGGGCAGCAGCUGCUCCGGGCCGUGGUGGAGGACGACCUGCGGCUGCUGGUGAUGCUUCUGGCGCACGGGUCCAAGGAGGAGGUGAACGAGACCUACGGGGACGGGGACGGGCGCACGGCCCUGCACCUGUCCAGCGCCAUGGCCAACGUCGUCUUCACCCAGCUGCUCAUCUGGUACGGGGUGGACGUGAGGAGCCGCGACGCCCGGGGCCUGACUCCGCUGGCCUACGCGCGCCGGGCGGGCAGCCAGGAGUGUGCGGACAUCCUGAUCCAGCACGGCUGCCCCGGGGAGGGCUGCGGCCUGACGCCCACCCCCGGCCGGGAGCCGGCCAACGGCGCCAACGCCUCUGCUGAGCUGCACCGAAGCCCCAGCCUCCUCUGAGGCCCGGCGAGAGGGCGGGAGGACUCCAUGCCCUGGGGACGACGUGCCCUGGGGACGACGCUCGUGCCUGCAGGCCCUGGGGAGCAAAGGCACAGGGACCGCGGACACGGGACACGCAGGAAGGGAGACGGAGAGGAGGCAGGGGACCAGCUGCCUGGGGGAAGACGGGUCAGAGGAGAGGCCCGGGGUUCGAACUGCAGCAGCGAGGGAGGGGAGGGGCCCCGCCUUCCGCCCUGCGGUGCCGCUGAGGAGGGGCAGGACCCUUGGAGGUGCCUGUGAGGAGAGGGGAGCAGGGCCUCUCCCUCCUCCAGAUUCCUGCCCUCUCAUCCCAGCCCCGCAAGAACUUGCACCCCAGAGUGGAGCCUGGACAGGGCACGGGCGGGGGUGCUGGGGGAAGACACGGGGGUGAUCUGUGAGUCCCAUGUAAAUGUGUACAUUGGAAUAUUUAUGUUUGUGUACAUACCUGGCGUGUGUGUAUGACGAGCCAAUAAACCAGACCGUGUGCGGC